GUCCUGCUGCUGCCCUCCCAAGGGGUCUGCACCUCCUGGGAGAGCGUGGAUCUCCAGGACAAGGGUCCGUGGUGGGUGGCUCUGAGGACGCUCCCAGGGCUGUGCUGUCCCCCUGCCGCACGGGUCAGAGGGCCACUGCAGAGGCUGCUGCUGGUCCCGGGGCUGGGACCAAGGAAGCCUGCACUGGAGACCCAUGUGGAACCCAAGGACACAGCCACCCUGCUGAGAGCACAGCGGCCCAUCCUCAGAGACCGUGACCUCGCCACGGUGGCCCUCGGCCCUCCGCCUCCAGCUGGGGCAGGGGCCGCCCAUCUCCAGGUCCCCGGCAAUGACAACGUCCGCACUGCGGCGCCAGGUGAAGAACAUCGUACACAACUACUCCGAGGCGGAGAUCAAAGUGCGCGAGGCCACCAGCAAUGACCCGUGGGGCCCGCCCAGCUCCCUCAUGUCGGAGAUUGCUGACCUGACCUUCAACACGGUAGCUUUUGCUGAGGUCAUGGGCAUGCUGUGGCGGCGGCUCAACGACAGUGGCAAGAACUGGCGGCAUGUGUACAAGGCGCUGGCGCUGCUGGACUACCUGCUCAAGACGGGCUCCGAGCGGGUGGCCCAGCAGUGUCGCGAGAACCUCUGCACCAUCCAGACUCUCAAGGACUUCCAGCACAUUGACCGUGACGGCAAGGACCAGGGCGUCAACGUGCGUGAGAAGGUCAAGCAGGUGAUGGCCCUGCUCAGGGAUGAGGAGCGUCUCCGGCAGGAGCGAACCCAUGCCCUCAAGACCAAGGAGCGCAUGGCGCUGGAAGGCAUGGCCAUCAGCAGUGGGCAGCUGGGCUUCAGUCGUCGCCAUGGUGAUGACUAUGGCCGCUCUCACGGUUCCCCAUCCUCCUAUAACUCCUCCUCCUCAUCUCCCCGCUACACCUCUGACCUGGAGCAGGCCCGGCCCCAAACGUCCGGGGAAGAGGAGCUGCAGCUGCAGCUGGCCCUGGCCAUGAGCCGAGAGGAGGCUGAGAAGCCGGUCCCCCCGGCCUCCAACAGGGAUGAGGACCUACAGCUGCAGCUGGCUCUGCGCCUGAGCCGGCAGGAGCAUGAGAAGGAGGUGCGGUCCUGGCAAGCUGCUGACUCCCCCAUGGCCAAUGGUGCUGGGGCCGUUGUCCGACGCUGGCAGGACAGAGAGCCAGGGAGAGAAGAGAAAGAGGAGGAGAAGCUGAAAACCAGCCAGUCCUCCAUCCUGGACUUGGCGGAUAUCUUCACACCCACCCUGGCCCUGCCCUCCACACACUGCUCUGCUGACCCAUGGGACAUCCCAGGUCUCAGGCCCAAUAUAGAGCCCAGUGGCUCCUCCUGGGGGCCUUCUGCAGACCCCUGGUCUCCUGUCUCCUCGGGAAGUGCCCUGUCCAGGAGCCAGCCCUGGGACUUGCCUCCCAUGCUCUCCUCCUCUGAGCCAUGGAGCCGGACCCCAGUGCUACCUGCCAGAGCAUCCAACGCAGACCCCUGGGCACAGGACUCCCCCCAUAAACUCCCUGACACUGGGGCUGACCCUUGGGGGGCCUCAGUGGAAACCUCCAACAUGCCUGCUCUAGGUGGCACCUCGACCUUUGAUCCAUUUGCCAAACCUCCCGUAUCCACAGAGACCAAGGAAGGGCUGGAGUGUGCCCAGGCCCUGCCCUCUGGGAAGCCCAGCAGUCCUGUGGCGCUGGAUCUGUUUGGAGACUCCAUCCCCAGUUCCAAGCAAAAUGGCACCAAAGAGUCAGAUUCCUUUGACCUGAGUGUACUCGGGGAAGCGUUAACCCAACCCAGCAAGGAGGCAAGAACAUGCCGGACUCCUGAGUCCUUCCUGGGUCCCUCCGCCUCCUCCUUGGUCAACCUUGACUCAUUAGUCAAGGUACCCCAGGCUGCAAAGACCCGGAACCCCUUCCUCACAGGUCUCAGUGCUCCAUCCCCCACCAACCCGUUUGGUGGGAGCGAGCAGGGCGGGCGGACCCUGAAUCAGAUGCGCAGCGGGUCGCCGGCGCUGGGCCUGGCGGCCAGCGGGCCCAUCGCCGCGCCCUUGGGCUCCAUGACCUACAGCGCCUCCCUGCCCCUCCCGCUCAGCAGCGUGCCAGGCGGCGUGACCCUCCCCACCUCAGUCAGCGUCUUCCCACAGGCGAGCGAUUUCACACCGCCGCCCGCAGGCCUGCCGCAGCCCCUGCUACCCUUGUCGGGCUCCGCGGGGCUGCUCAACCCGCCCCAACAGGACGGUACCAACCCCUUUCUUUAAGGGUCUUGCUGAACUGGGCCGGCCGGCGCAGGCGCGCGAGUCCCCGUCCCCGGCGCGAACCGCCGCUGGGCCCCGCCCCGCUGGCGCGGGGCGCGGGGCGGGGCGGGGCUGCCAUCCCAGGACCCGCCCAGGAAACGCGGAAUGGCUGAGACUCCGCCCCCAGGCUCGCCUGGACCCUUGUUCGGGCUUUUCGCACACCCUUCGCUACUCCUGGAGCCGGAGACUGACCACUUCCCGGGGGCCGAGACCACGCCCAUGUAAUAAAGACCGGAACCCCGGUCUUCCACUCUCAGCAAGUAGACUUCUGCCGGACGUAGCUGCCCAGUCUGGACCACAGCGGGAAUCACCAGCUGCCCACUGUGCAAACAGCUGCUCCACAACGUGGGGCUCAAAAUGCUGAAGCUUCCCAUACAGCCCCCCUCAGCCUGGCACCUUCGCUUCCAGAUGCUCCCCAAGCUCUUACUCAUUUGGUCAUUUAUCUCACGUGGGCACUGGGGGUGACCUAAUAGCAAGGAACGAUAGGCAAUUGCCAUUUCUUGGCUAAACACUUAGAGCAGAUUAUUUAAUUUAAUCCUUGCAAUAACACUCUGAGGUAGAUAAUAUUACUUCCCUUCAGGACUGGCUACAUAAUAGUGGGGCCAAGUGCAAAAUGGAAAUUCAGAGCCCUUGUUCAAAAUUGGGUUAAGAAAUUCAAAAUGGGGACAGCAGGACAUUAAACCAAGUGCACCUGUCCCUGUCUCCAUUUUAUAAGAAGGAAACUGAGGCUUUGAGAAAUUAAGUGGCCUUCUCAAAGUAACAGCUAGCAUAGAGUGGGGCUGGGAUUCAGUCUCAGUCUGGUUCCACAUUCCUGAGCUGGGCUACACCCCAGAUUUAGUUUGCAAAUAUUGACUGACUGACUGGACAAAGUGCUGGGCUCACCUGGGAGCGAUCAAGAAUUGCUAAACUCAUAGCCUCCAGGAUCUCAGAAUUCAGUGGGGCUGGCAAGCCACAGGAGGUCUCCUGCUCCUAUUACUGACUCACCUUACAUCUAGCUCUACACCCCUCGUUUCCCUCACCAGGGCUGGCAAAGAAGUCAAUCUCAGGCAUGCAGAGGGAGCCUGACCCCUCCUGUGGUCUUAUGUGGGGUCUGGGAAACCUGGGCAGAACCUGGCAGAAACUGGGGGCCACCAUGGUCACCCUCACACCCUUUCUACUCAAUGCCCUCCAGCCACUGGACACUCGUGUGCCCUCAGGGCUCAGAGUCUGACUCUGAGGCGGGCUGCUGCCAGCCCCCACCCCUUUCCAGGCCCUUGGGGAAAAUGGCCUUCCAUAAACCAGAAACACCAAAGUCCUGGGGAGAAGACAAUGCUGAUUUCCUUCUUGGUGGGGUUGGGGAAAGUUGCUUUGUUUUUUUGGAAGGAGGGAAUCCUAUCAUGGCUCUUACAGGCAGGAUGGUCAAGAACACCUACUUAGGAGUCAGACAAACAGAGUUCAGAAUUCUGUUCUAUGGUUUGUACAUAAUAAUAAUAAUAAUCACUUAGUAAUAAGCAGUUAUGCUCCCUGAUUGAGUAAAUUACUUAACCUCUCUA